AUUCUGGUCUGGCGGGAUUGACGCAGUACAGCUGGCUGAGAAUGGUGGCAGCGACGCGUACACCUCACCAUACCCUUGCGGUUGCACCAGCUGCGCAGUCUACCAUGCGAGCGAGAGUGGGUAUUGCUGGAAACACCGCUGGAUGUCGACACUCCGCCCUGUAUGGCAGCGAAUUCAGACAUGCGGCAACGUGAUGGCUCUGCUCCUGCUGGUUGCGGUCACAGGCGCUAUUGAGAGCGAGCGCCUUGUGGUAGGGCUCGUCGUUGGCGUCGCUUUCGUUGGGUGUACUGCAGCCCACCUGGUGCAGUCGAAACAGUGGGCCGAACUGUGCAUCGGUAUACUUAUCAUGCUCGUGGCCAUCAUUGCCAUUCUCAGGGCAGUUUCUGCAACGCGGCGUUUCCAGCAGUUGCUCUACCAGCACCGCGAGCACGUUGCAAAUACCAUCAAUCAGGCCAUGAAUUGGUCUGCCGCACAUGCCAAUUUGGAUGUGGAGCAGCUGGGGCCAGCACCUCUCAAUGUCGAUUGCGCCCCGAGGCAGCAGUGCAGCGACCUGAGGACGCUCUACGUGCAGGCGCGGCAGUGCAUCCCAGAGUUGAACCGCAUUGCGACACAUAUUCGCAGCGCUGUGGGCGGCCUCCAUGCAGCUGAAGGCCCUGGCUUCUCGAUUCGCCUGCUCCCCCUACCAGAAGCACGUAGCAGGAUCAAAGUUGACCACGGCUGUCGCGUGCCUGACUUGGUUGGUCUCUUAUCUUGCACUUUCGAUUGUUGCAACAUACAGGAGGCGUCGGCUUGCGCCCGAGCGCUGAUCGCUUGCCAGCAGCCGAUGGACAUUGAGGUCAAAAGGCUGGACAACGGCUUCCGCGGUGCAGAGCUCUCCGGAGGCGACAGGACAAUUCUGACCACGUGUUCUCUUGGCGGCGGUUUCCUCUGCACGUUCUCCAUCCGGUCCGCCGACACAGCGCUGCCCGAAGAAGCCAAAGCUGAGGUUUGGGUGCUUGCGCGCAGAGCGGGGCUUCUGGGGAUCUCCCCACUCCGACUGGGAUCGUACGUCCGGACCCCUCGCCAAGUUCAUGUGGGCAUCGGCAUGUUGCGUGUGGUGUCCGCGGCGGCCUCUUUGUUCCUGGCCAUCUCCUACUUCCUCGAGUACUCCGGCGAGUCGCUCGUCAAGGGGCUCAGCCUUCCACUGCCCCACCUGACCACCGCCUGCAUGGUCCUCCUCGACACCUGGGACAGGUCGGUCUGUGAGCGCAGCGGUCGCAGGCGGAGCAGGGUCUCCCACUUCUAUCAGAGAGUCUUGGGUGUCGGCGGCAAGUUCUUCUUGCCGAGGGUGGUGGUCGUGCAGACGAGCGGCAUGCUUCUGCAGGCGGUCGGUAAGUUGUCGCUGCUUGGAGCAAUGGUCACCACUUUGCGGAUGCAGCCGCCACGGAACAGUCCUCCGCGACCGUCGGUUGACUUAAGCUCAGGAUUUUGGGCCUUGCUAUUGACUUUGGUCGCGCACGCAUUCUUUGUCGGAAUUUACGUUGGCAGCUCGGCUCGUCCAACCUCUGCAGCCAGGCAGACAAUCAUCGGGAUGCUGGGGCCGCUGCUUCUCCAGGUUAGCUACAUCCUCAGCUAUGGCACCUGCGCGUUCCUCGUCAUCCGGCAGACCGACAUCUUGCCAGCCAGCAUCACACAGGAUGAGAACAGGGCCGUUGCGGACCUGUUUUUCACGGACACCGUCGUUGGAGGGCACGCGAGGCCGGACAAGACUUUCGCAUUCCCAGACCUCUCCAGACCCGUCGCGUUCUUUGCCCUGGCGCUCCCCGCGGCGGGCCUCAUGCUGACGACUCGAGCGGUCGAGGAGCGCCUGGCCUUCCUCGGGCCGGGUGCUCUGGCCCGCUUCGCCCCGCCUUUGGGCCGUGCCUCCCGGACACGCCUCCGCGACCGCGGGCCGAUGCUGACCCGCCCCUCUGGUCCCUCAGGUUCUCCCGCGGUCCACGCCCGUACGGCCUCAACCCGGCGCCGAUGCGUGGUUGUCGCAGGCGCCCUCGUCCCCCUCGUCUCCCUGGUGCUGCUGGGUGCCAUCCUGGCGGUGGGCAACUCGGACCGUUUCCCGCUCGAGACCACGCCGAGCUGCUUCCCCUGCUGGUGCUCUGCAGAGGGGGAGCUCCGCUCCUGCGGCGUGGCCGUGGACAUGAGGUACAGAGUGCUGAGCUUGGAGCAGGCCGGGAUCGCUCGCAUUCGCCCGGGGGCUUUCUCGCCCUCCGCCUUCGUGUCCAGCCCGAACCUGAUCAGUGAGGCCAGCUUCAGAGGAAAUGUGCUGGAAGCGCUGGAAGCGGGCACCUUCCAGCACAUGCCGCAGAUCACGUGGCUCGACUUGCGGGACAACACGUUGGAGGUCAUUGCACCUGGCGCCUUCGAGGGCCUCGAGCGCGCACGAGACCUCCUGCUGGAUCUGAGCCCGAACAUCAGCGUGUCGAUACGUCGGUGCGGAGGUUACGGCUGCAGGCUGCCCGCUCUGAAGGCGGGCGCCUUCAGAGGCCUUCCCCGCCUGCGCACCCUGGGACUUGGCCUCAGCGGAGCCACGGGCACCGGCGUACCCUCGAUGGAACCAGGUGCCUUCUCGGGCCUGGACAGCCUGGAGGUCCUCCGGCUGGACUCGGCCGAGUGCUUCGACGCCUCGGGGCGGCUGCUGCCCGGCCUCUUCGACGGUCUGGGGCAGCUGCGCGUGCUCGUGCUCUCCGGGACCAGGGUGUCGCAGAUGGGCCCAGGAGAUUUUGCCGGCACUCCGCGCCUGCGCCUCCUCGACGUCUCCAGCAGGCGGUCGUCGGAGCCGGGAGGUCUCGAGGUGCAGCCCGGAACGUUCCAGGGCCUCGCGCAGCUGCGCUUCCUGGACCUGUCCUACGUGGGCAUGGAAGACCUGCAGCCUGGUGCCCUCGCGGGCUUGUCCGAGCUGCGUCACCUCGGCCUGAGCCAAAACUCGCUUCGACGGCUGCGCGCGGGGGUACUGCAGGGCUUGGGAAAUCUCGAGGAGCUGGACCUCUCUGGCAACAAUAUCACGGAGGUUGAGCCUGCCGCCUUCGAUGGUUUGAGAAGUCCCCCCUUGCAGUCGCUGAGCCUCCGAGGCGCGCCCUUGCACAGCUCGGCGCUGGCAUGUACCGAGGCAGUGGUCUGCAGAGACAGCUUCAUUGCAUUGUGGAGGCUGGCGCGCGCGUUCGUGACGAACAUCUUUGUAGACGGACUGGGGUGCUCCGAGGCUCGCCACCUGUGCGGCCAGGAUGCGUCGCAGACGCUCACCUUGAUCGACCCAGCUUGCCCAGAGACCUGUGGCACGUGCGGCGCCUUCGCGGCCGACGACUCGCAGGCCGACAGCUGCGCUGACAAGGACUGGGUUUUGGUGUAUGGCUCUGCCCUCGCUGCAGGAGUCGAGCUUCCGCCCGGUGCGCCCGGCGCGCCCGGCACCGCCCGGCCGCUGGCCACCUGGAGCACCUGUGCAGACGUGGUGGCCUCGGGGGCCUGCGAGCACCCUUUCUGGCACGAGGCCGUCUCUCUGAUCUGCCCAGUCACCUGCGACAAAUGUGGGGUGUCCAAGGACCGCCCCUGCGCGGACGUCUCGUUCUUUACCGACACUCUGGGCUACAAUGCUUGCCAGGACGAUUUGUUCGUCACGCUGUGUGGCAACGACGGAGCACUCGGGGAUCUCGUCCGACUAAUUUGCCCAAGCAGCUGCGGCGAGUGCACGAACGCCACGGAGGGUUGCGAGGGCACCACCGUUGGCCUGACGCUGGGCGAGGUGUUGGAGCUGCUGAACGCAGGCGCGGCUACACAUGGGCCCUGAGAGAGCCCACGUGGUUUAGCCCAAUUUGGCACACAGCUAAGUUUUACAGAUGUGUGUACGAAGACAUGUUUACAUACAUGCAUCCAUCGCGUUCUUUACCGCAGUUGUUGGUUGAGGUUCCCGUCGACUGGUCGCACUCGGACUUCUUGUUUGGAAGACAACGCGUGCUGCACUAGUUGCUGUAUUUGCGACGUGAUUGCGCAGAUAGCAGCUAGUGGGGCGUCACCAGCCUGCGCAUCCUGGAUGCAACAUAUGCUGCAAUGACGGCAUAUCAGGUGAAUCGAUGGGCCGCCACCAGUUUUCAACAAAUUCAUGAUUCGUCCGUAUGUUUGCGGCCAGCUUGCUUGUAUAUGGUUGUAUUGCGCGUGGCUCUAGAUAUCCGACGUUUGCUGUAGCGAUGCUGCUGGAAGACGACGUGAGCUGCAAUCGUUGCGGUAUGUGCGACGUGGCUGCCCAGAAAGCAGGUAUUGGGCUCUGUCAUCAGCCUUCGUAUCCUGAGUACAACAUUUGCAGCUAUUUUUCCAUAUUGUGUGUGAGGCGUGGCUGCCAAGAUAGCCUGUAGUGGGGGCGCCAUCAGCUUUCACACAAGUCUAAAUUAAUCCGAACGCCUGCGGCUAGCUUGCUUGUGCAUUGCUGCACGUCGCGAGGCCCUGGAGAUAGCCCGCCAUCGGUGAGCAGGAGAUUGAGCAGUGGUCUGCUGACUGGAGUAAUGGGAAUUACAAUGCAUGGCUGGUCUCUGGCGAAUGUAGAGGCAGGUGUCUGGCCCUCGCGCAGCGCUGAUGGCCGUCUCGCCAGCCGCCUCGCCGGCAUCCUCGCCGGCGGUAUGGUGGUGGGGGCGGCCGCGUUCCCUACGCGCUUGUGUGGCUUCGCAUGCCCUGAGGCGCUGCCGAAUUUUCUUUUUGCCCAGCCUCAAGUUGGGGAGCUUGUCGCGGAGCUCUCGCGAGGGCGCCGUCGCGAGCGUUCGGCGCCUGUCCCCUAGCAUCGGGGGCUUGCCGCCGGCAUCGGCGCCCGGCGCGCCUCGAGAACACCUGGCGUGGCCAUCUCUGAGAGCUUCUUCUGAUGCUCUCGCGCAGAGACGUCGCGCUCCUGACUGCAGAACUACUCUGGUUUCGAAGACGGGGCGCCCCAUACGUUCAUGUUCGGCGGUGACCUCGCCAAAUCCGCCACCCGCAGGAGCUAUACGGGGCGGUGCGCACACGCCGCGCCCGUCACCUCGCUCCAGCGCCUCUUCCAGAAUGAUGCCUCCAAGCGCUCCGUUCGGCCGCUCUAUUGGCUGGGGUGCUCCAAUCGAAUGCCCGUCCCUCCAGGAGAUACCUGGCUCUGAUCUCUUUUCCCUCCUGGCCCCCUUCCUCUCGCGGCACCUCCUGGAGUGCGGCGUGUCUCGCCGAGAGGAUCAGCCUCACCGUCGACCGUGCCUCCGGCUCUUCCCAGGCGCCCUGAGCGGGGGCGUCGCGCCGGAGCGGGCUUUCCUGCUCCACGGGCCGUCUCACCUUCCACCUUCAUUUUGGACCUCGGCCGUGCCUGACCGCGGAGCUCAAAAGCCGACGAGGAGGACCCCUGGCGCGACGGGGAGGC